AUGCACCAUCAAACAAAAGAUACUAAUUAUAAAGAAAACUCCACUAAAGAUAGGAAAAUAUCAUUACCAGAAAAAGCAAAUUUAAAAAAGAAAAAGGGAAAAAGGCGCAGUAAAGUUUCUCAAGAAUUAAUAAACAACAUAGGAAAACACGAAAAAUUGGUCAUCAGACUUGUAAAGUUGGACAUCUCUGCAUUUAAUUCAAAUUCCCCAACCCCAAAGAACAACGAAGUAGUAAUCAAUAAGCAUUCCAAGCCUACUAAGAAAGUUUGCAAAUCCGACAUUCAAAAGCAUAAUUUGCUCAACGUUAAUAAAACAGAAAGUAGGAAGAUCGAGGAAAUGUUAUUGAAGAAACAUCAGUCAGUGAAACAAAAAAGGGUUGUUUGUCUUGAUGAUGACUCUUUCAAACCAUAUGUUUAUCAGAAAACUAAUAAACCAGUCUUUGAAACCUAUAAAGUUGUACUAAAUGACAAAAAGGAAAAAAUAUUGUGUUGUCUUCUAUGCCCCUUCACUGCCGAAACUUUUCAUUCAAUUUCAAUGCAUUACAAGUUCAAACAUCGUGAAACACCAAUAGAAGAAAUGCAUUUUUGCGAUGUCAAAGAUUGUAAAUUUACAUCUGUGCAUAAGGGUAUGUUCAAAUGGCACAUGCGUCGUCAUGCUUUAUUAUCUGAUGAUAAACCUCUUAUUGAACAAUAUACCUGUGAACAUUGCAGUAAAGUUUUCAAUCAGCGUAAAGGGUAUUUAUUACAUUUGAAGCAUAAGCACAAAGAACCGCUUUUAGCAGCAUCAGAGCAAACUGUUUUUCCCUGUUCGACUUGCAAAUUCAAAACAAAUAUUCAAAGGAACUUGCAAAUGCAUAUUUACAGGUGUCAUGUUCCGGAUAGCCAAAGAACAAGCUUUACUUGUAAUGUUUGUGGUUUUGAAACUUAUUAUAAAGUCAGCUUAAAGAAGCACCUAAACCAAGUCCACAUGAGCUCUAAGUCGCAGUCGUGA